AUGUCGACCACAAAGCCCUCAUUCGUCGAAGAGGAAUCCGUAGUCCCGACACCAACCAAGAAGAGCUUCGGUGCGCGCCUCGCCGCCCAUUUCAAGAAAUGGUGGUGGGUGCAUUUGAUUAUAUUCAUCGCCUGUUUCCUAAUUAUCCUACUGCCGGUUGUCUACGUCGCGUAUCCCAAGAUCGCACAAGAUGCAGUCAACGACUCGACCCUCGACAUCACGGAGAUGAUCCUCAGCGACCCGACGCCCGAAUCCUUCCACCUCGAGCAGAGACAAGUCCUCGGCUCGGAUAGCCCUUAUCACCCCCAGAUCUAUGCUUUCAAUUCCGCGGUCUCGUUGGCGGGAGCGCCGGAUCCUUUCGCUUAUGUUAAUGUCCCGGCCGUGAAGUCGAAGGAUGGGGCGGAGAUCCACUUCGAGCAGAAGGUUGAUCUGACGGAUGCCUCUGCGUUCGGGGAUUAUACUACCGCUGUUAUGUUGAAUGAGGAGGUUUCGUUGAAUAUCCAUGGAAGGCCUGAUUUGAAACAGGGUGGUCUACCCAAGGUUACGGUUGAUUAUAACAAGACCGUUGUUAUGAAGGGCCUGAACAAACUCAAGGGUUUCAGAGUGGCCGAGUUCUUCAUCAUGUUCCCACCAGUGAACGGCUACGGGAUGAACGGCACAGUCGUUAUCCCCAAUGCCUCAGUCAUGACCAUUCCAAUGGGCAAUGUAACCCUAGCCCUCGAGCUAGACGGAAAACCAGUGGGAACAACCUACCUGAACAACCUAGUCCUCAAACCAGGCGACAACACUGUACCAAUGAUGGGCAAAGUCGACCAAGGCGCCAUCAUCACCCUGCUUACAUCAAAGUCCAACCCCUACAAAGAUGGCAUCCUGCCCUUCGACAUCAUCGGAAACGCGACUUCGUACAACGGCAAGGAACUUCCGUACUUCACCAAGGCGCUGGCUGCGAACAAACUGUCUGUCAAGUUGAAUGUUCUGGCUGCGCUCAAGGCGGCCGGGGUUAAUCUUACCUUGUAG